AUGGAGAAUCUGAUACAGUUGGUGAACAAAAUCCAGAGAGCGUGCACCGCUCUCGGCGAUCAUGGUGAGGAAAGCGCCAUGCCUACUCUCUGGGACGCCCUUCCUUCCAUCGCCGUCGUCGGAGGACAGACAAUCCUUGAUGCUGCAGGAAAUUAUGAACAAAUGCGGAUUGACGUGACUAUAGUUGUGAGCUCUGGAAAAUCUUCAGUCUUAGAGAGUGUUGUAGGGAAGGACUUUUUACCUCGAGGAUCUGGAAUUGUUACUCGGCGUCCUCUUGUUUUGCAACUUCAUAAGAUAGACGAAGGGAGAGAAUACGCUGAAUUUAUGCACCUUCCAAGGAAGAAAUUUACUGAUUUUGCUGCUGUUAGGCAGGAGAUCGCUGACGAGACUGACAGAGAAACGGGACGCAACAAGGGUAUUUCAUCUGUGCCCAUCCAUCUGAGUAUCUACUCCCCUCAUGUUGUCAAUCUGACGCUGGUUGAUCUUCCGGGACUUACUAAAGUCGCUGUUGAGGGUCAACCAGAUAGCAUCGUGCAAGACAUUGAAAAUAUGGUUCGGUCCUUUAUCGAAAAGCCGAAUUGCAUCAUUUUGGCAAUAUCUCCUGCAAAUCAAGACCUUGCAACCUCAGAUGCAAUUAAGAUUUCCCGUGAAGUAGAUCCUAAAGGGGAAAGGACGUUCGGAGUUUUGACAAAGAUUGAUCUUAUGGACAAGGGUACUGAUGCAACUGAGGUAAGUGAGCACUCUCUUGACACCCUCAAUAAAGAAUUUGGCUUGAUCCUUGAAGGGAAAGCAUAUAAGCUAAAUUUCCCUUGGAUUGGUGUUGUUAACCGCUCCCAAGCUGAUAUCAAUAAACAAGUCGAUAUGAUUGCUGCACGGAAAAGAGAAAACGAGUAUUUUGCUAAUACCCCAGAAUAUAGACAUCUUGCUUCCAGAAUGGGCUCUGUGCAUCUAGGAAAGGUGCUAUCCAAGCAUUUGGAAACUGUCAUCAAGUCUCGGAUCCCAGGCCUACAAUCACUCAUCAACAAGACCAUCAUUGAAUUGGAGACAGAAUUGAACCGUAUUGGGAAACCUAUUGCUGCUGAUACUGGAGGGAAGUUGUACACGAUAAUGGAAAUCUGUCGAACUUUUGAUCAGAUAUUUAAAGAUCAUCUUGAUGGCAUACGGUCUGGUGGUGAGAAAAUUUACCAAGUAUUUGAUAAUCAAUUUCCAGCAUCUUUAAAAAGGCUGCAGUUUGACAAACAUUUAUCAAUGGACAAUGUGCGGAAACUAAUAACUGAAGCAGAUGGUUAUCAACCUCAUCUCAUAGCUCCUGAGCAAGGAUACCGACGCCUUAUCGAAUCUUGCUUGGUAUUAAUUAGGGGCCCUGCUGAAGCAGCUGUUGAUGCGGUUCACGGAAUUUUGAAGGAUUUGAUUCAGAAAUCUAUGAGUGAGACAAUAGAAUUAAAGCAGUAUCCCACCUUGAAGGUAGAACUCGGAAGUGCAGCUGUUGAUUCGUUGGAGCGGAUGAGAGAAGAAAGUAAGAAAGCAACUCUGCUUUUGGUGGACAUGGAGUAUGGCUAUUUGACGGUUGAAUUUUUCCGCAAACUUCCCCAAGACGCAGAAAAGGGUGGAAAUCCCACUCAUUCACUUUUCGACAGAUAUAAUGAUGCUUAUCUUCGUCGAAUUGCUACCACUGUCUUGUCCUACGUGAACAUGGUAUGUGCGACCCUGCGGAAUACUAUUCCCAAGUCUGUAGUUUAUUGUCAAGUGCGUGAGGCUAAGCGCAGCUUACUGGAUCAUUUCUUUACAGAAUUGGGGAAAAAGGAGGGAAAACAACUAGCUGCACUUCUAAAUGAGGACCCAGCAAUAAUGCAGCGCCGCACCUCCCUUGCAAGGAGGCUAGAGCUAUACAGAAGUGCACAAUCAGAAAUUGAGGCAGUUGCAUGGGAAAGGAAGAGUAUAGUUUUUGACAUGGAUGAGGGAAGUCGUUCUCUCCUUUCCGAUGACAGGCUUAUGCUCCUGGGCUUGGAAGAAGAAAAUGGUAUUGAAUAUAGUGCGGGGAAUCGAACCCCGUGCCUCUCGCAUGCGAAGCGAGCGCUCUACCAUAUGAGCUACACCCCCAUGACUUUUCCGCACGACACAAUCAGAUGCGAUGAGUAG